GCUCAAAAACAAAUUAUAGAACUUUCUGAUUUGUUCAGUUCUCACUCGGCUUUAUUAACGUUCAGUUAUCAGUUUGAAUACACAUAAGUUCACAAAAUGCUAUUGAGGUUGACCCAGAUUCUGUGCUUCGGGGCACUUUUGCUGCUCGGUGUUAUGCAACUGACACAGGCCGUGGCGACACCAAAUAACAAUAACAACAAGCCCAAGAGCGUGGUUCAGCCUCAGCCUGUAAUUUCGACAGGAAAUCAGCCAGCACCUCCAACAACCCCAAAGCCACAGAGAUUGCAACCAGAUCCCAAAUGCCUGCAGCCCUUGGAUCCAGGUCCUUGCCGCAUGAGUCUAGAGAGAUACUACUAUAACAAAGACAAGAAGGCCUGUGAAACUUUCAAGUACGGAGGCUGUCGUGGAAACGACAAUCGCUGGGGAUUCCGGCAGACCUGUGAGGAGGCCUGUCUUCCAACUAAAUCAAUAAAAUAAGAUGUAGUUCAGAAUAUUCGUAUAUUAUAUAUUUUUCAAACUCU